AUGGAUCAAGACGAAUCCCCACCGCCGUUCUACUCGGCCAUAAAGUUGCUGAGUUACAUGCACGCUCCUGCGGUUGGCUUCUAUUACCUAGGAGCGUGCAUGUUCGGUCUCUGCAUCUUACAGAAAACACGAAUUGUGCCACAGAAAAGACGGAUAAGCAUAGUGGCUUUCAUGGCCACAAUACUCCUGGCAUACAUCACAGAAGUCCUCUCCUACCUCAGCCGGUCGAUAGCCGAUUCUGAAUACACAGCUCCACAAUUCUUCGCCAUACGGUGCUUGGGGUCGAUACUUGUCUGGAGCCCUCUGUCUUACAUGUUGUGGGCAAGCAAAUCGCUGCGCUGGCAUGCGUACUUUGGAGCAUUUGUUUUGCAGUUUGCACUCGAGGCAACGACUUGCUUGAUCACGAUUUCCACCGUGCCAGAACCAUUCUCAGAAAAGUACCCGCCUUUGAUCAUUAGCUGCGUGAGGGCUUUGGUCUCACUGCUCCUACUGGUGGAUGCAUUUGUCGUCCUCGUCACCAAACAGACUGAAGCUAGCACAGACGAGGAGCGCCAAUCGCUUCUGAACAAGUCAACGGAUAGCUUGUUAGGCCCAGGUUCCCCCAUGGGCUACGGUGCCAUCCCGUUCGGCGCGGAUUUUGGCGGUGAUUUCAGCGAUGAUGAGGACGGUCCGCCAGAGGAAGACGACAAAGACUUGAAAGCGCAACAAGCGAAACGACUCGAAGAAGAAGGUGGCUGGUUCGGCUACUUGAAAGGCUUCGCCGUCUUCCUACCAUAUCUGUUUCCAAAAGACGAUUGGAAGGUCAUGGCUUGCCUCGGCAUUCGACUGGUGCAUAUGCUGCAAGAGCGUGCCCUCAAUCUGCUCACCCCUCGACAGCUUGGUAUCAUCACUACCGAACUACAAAAAGCGUACGACACAAAGAGCGGCGUCAUGCCGUGGAAAGACAUUGGCCUCUGGGUGCUGUACUCCUGGAUCAACAGUUAUGCCGGACUCGGAGUCAUUGACGGCAUGGCAAAUCUCGUCAUCUCCAACUCUGCGUAUCGCCGCGUCACCUUGCUAGCUUACAAACACGUCCUGGGUCUUUCCAUGGACUUUCAUACCUCAAAAGACUCGGGCGAGGUCUUGAAGGCUGUUGAGCAGGCGUCUUCGCUCAACACACUCAUCGAAAUGGUGCUGUUUGACGUUGCGCCAAUCCUGUUGGACCUCUUCGUCGCAAUGUACUACGUCACUCACCUGUUCGACGCAUACAUGGCCUUUAUCGUUCUGUUCAUGGGCGCAGCAUACAUUGCGAUUGGAUUCUACUUUACAACACUGUCGCAACCCAAAAGACGAGAUUACGUGGAGAAGCAACGAAGCGAAAGCUCCACUGUCAACGAGACGAUCCACAACUGGCAAACAGUCGCUUAUUUCAACCGCUUCGCGUAUGAGUAUGCGCGUUAUGCAGAAAACAUCAUCAACACCAUUUCGGCGCAAUAUCAAUACUACUUCAGAUCCAUGGGCGGACAUGCUGCGCAAGAUCUUCUGACUACCCUUGGUUUCGCUGGUGCCUGUGUCUUCGGCAUGACUCAGAUCGUCACCGGACGAAGGCCAGUUGGUAACUUGGUUACACUGAUCAUGUACUGGCAUACGAUGACUUCGCCACUUUACGUUCUGUCCUAUAGCUUCCGACAAAUCACCAGCUCGCUGAUCGAUGCCGAACGCCUGCUACAGCUACUGAACACCAAACCCACGGUAGCAGACCAGGAAGGUGCCAAGGACAUUAUUGUGGAGAAAGGAGAAGUGGAAUUCAAGGAUGUCCACUUCCACUACGACGAGCGUAAGCCUAUUAUCAAGAGCGUAAACCUCAAGGCCUCGGGUGGCCAGACUAUCGCCUUUGUCGGUGAGACGGGUGGCGGAAAGUCGACUAUGCUCAAGCUUCUCUUCCGCUUCUACGAUGUGACCAGCGGUUCGAUAAUGAUCGAUGGCCAAGACCUGCGCUCAGUGACGCAAGCUAGUCUACGGGAUGCCAUGGGCGUCGUGCCUCAAGAUCCCGUUUUGUUCAAUCAAAGCAUACGACAAAACAUCCGCUAUGCCAAACUCGAUGCCACCGACGCCGAAAUCGAAGAUGCAUGCCGCGCUGCUGCCAUUCACGACGACAUUGUCAGUUUCCCAGACGGCUACAACUCCAAAGUGGGUGAACGCGGGGUACGGCUGUCAGGCGGCCAACUGCAACGCAUAGCCAUUGCCCGCGUGCUCCUGCAGAACCCCAAAAUCGUCUUGCUGGACGAAGCAACAUCAGCAAUUGACUCGUCCAUCGAGGCACUGAUCCAGCAGGCGUUCCGCAAACUAAGUCAAGGCCGCACCACGUUUGUAAUCGCACACAGACUCAGCACGAUUGCAGACGCCGACCAGAUCUUGGUGGUUGAAAAGGGCGAAAUCAUCGAGAGAGGUACACAUCAGGGGUUGCUGAAGAACGAAGAAGGAAAGUACGCGGAGCUGUGGAGGAAGCAGACGGCGGGGCAUUUGUCAAAGGACUCGGAAGCCAAGGAUGUAAAAGAGGGAGAGAACCAGGAGGGAGCCGUGGUCGUUGGCGAUACGACGAUUCAGGGAGAAGACCAGGCAACCACUUCUGCGACGAAGAGUGACAAUUCCGGUGAAGAUAACAGCGUACGACGGAAAUAA